UGGCUGCCCAGAGCCCAGACCGGUGACAGGGUGCUAUGGUCUGUCUUCUGAUGGGCAGCGAAGCCUGAGCAGACCAUUAAUAAUCAGCAUCGCGGUGGGGAGUCGGCUGCUUGGAAUGUGUGGUUUCUCUUUAAUGCUGUUUAGAAUGUGCUUAAAAAUUAAUCUUGGUUUUUAUUUAUUUGUUUGUGUAUUUAUUUAUUUCUGUCUCCUUUUCAAAUCCACAGCAGACUGUCCAGAUGCUGUGCCUUCCUCCGCUGAAACAGGGGGAACGAAUUAUCUGGCCCCUGGGGGGCUUUCAGAUUCCCAACUUCUUCUGGAGCCUGGGGAUCGGUCACACUGGUGCGUGGUGGCAUACUGGGAGGAGAAGACGAGAGUGGGGAGGCUCUACUGUGUCCAGGAGCCCUCCCUGGACAUCUUCUAUGAUCUACCUCAGGGGAAUGGCUUUUGCCUCGGACAGCUCAACUCCGACAACAAGAGUCAGCUGGUGCAGAAGGUGCGGAGCAAGAUCGGCUGCGGCAUCCAGCUGACGCGGGAAGUGGACGGCGUGUGGGUGUACAACCGCAGCAGCUACCCCGUCUUCAUCAAGUCGGCCACACUGGACAACCCGGACUCCAGGACGCUGUUGGUACACAAAGUGUUCCCCGGUUUCUCCAUCAAGGCUUUUGACUACGAGAAAGCGUACAGCUUGCAGCGGCCCAACGACCACGAGUUCAUGCAGCAGCCGUGGACCGGCUUCACGGUGCAGAUCAGCUUUGUGAAGGGCUGGGGCCAGUGCUACACCCGCCAGUUCAUCAGCAGCUGCCCGUGCUGGCUCGAGGUCAUUUUCAACAGCCGGUAGCCGCGUGGGGAGACGGAGCGCGAGCCGAGCGGGCCCAGUCCAAACUACUUUGCUGCUACUCUUUCCCUCCCGAGUGCUUGCUUUUCAUGCAGACUCUUUUUGGUCGGUGUGUUCCCCCCACCCCCACCCCCCACUCCCCGCCUUUCUGGUCGUUGUUUAUGUUCUGUUUUGUUCCUUGAGAAAUAGCUUAUGAAAAGAAUUGUUGGGGGCUUCUUUGGGGUGGAGUGUGCCGGGCAGAGCACACCCCAGUGUGAAAAGGGGAAGCGACAGUGAGUCCCCAGCCAACACAGUGGAAGAAUGGGGGCCAGGCCCUAACCUUGGGGUCCUUGUUUCCCCUCGUCGGGGCCCGUGUAUGUGAGAGCGUGUGUGCGUCUGUGCGCGUGCGCCUGUGUCUUGCGGUGUCUGCGAGAGGCCUGCCCUCCGAGCUGUGUGUCUCCUGCCCUUUGGACAUGCUCAGUGGGGGCAGAGGCCGUACCUGGGCAAGCUGGCAGCUGGGGUUCCGGCAGCUGCCAGGAGCCAGGCUCUCUCCCUCCCCUGCACCCCGCUCCCCAAGCCUCCCCGCCCCGCCUCUCCCCUCCUAGGACACGGGCCUGUCUGCAGGCUUCUUAGAAGCAAACCUGCAAAGAGGCUGAACCAGAACCAGUCGUUCCCUGCUUGUCCUCACUCCCUUCCAGCCACCCUGCUGUCCUUGUCACGUCUCUUUCUUUUUUUGGCCAUCUGCUCCUGGAUCUCUCUUGAGAUGGGCUUCCCCAGGGCUGCCGGGGCCACCCUGGCACAGUAUUGCCCACCGAGCACCCUCCCAAACCCCAUCAGCCUCUUCUCUGCCCCUGGUCAUGUCAGGUGCCCGUCCCCUCCCCCACCCGAGAAAACCAGCUCAGCACUUUCCUCCCCUCUGCCGCCUGUGUGUUGAGCUCUGCUGUUAGACCAGCGGGGGGAGCUGCCCCGGGAGGGAGACUUCUCAGCAGCCCCCCUUCCCACCAAGAAGGAUUCGGUCCAUCAUAACCCAAGGUACCACCCUGGGCUCACACCUAACUCUUCUUUCAUUUCUUCUACAACUCAUACACUCGUAUGAUAUGUUGACACUGCUCUUAGCUCAAUGAGCAUGUUUAGACUUUAACAUAAGCUAUUUUUCUAACUACAAAGGUUUAAAUGAACAAGAGAAGCAUUCUCAUUGGAAAUUUAGCAUUGUAGUGCUUUGAGAGAGAAAGGACUCCUGAAAAAAAAACCCUGAGAUUUAUUAAAGAAAAAAAUGUAUUUUAUGUUAUAUAUAAAUAUAUUAUUACUUGUAAAUAUAAAGACGUUUUAUAAGCAUCAUUAUUUAUGUAUUGUGCAAUGUGUAUAAACAAGAAAAAUAAAAGAAAAGAUGCACUUUGCUUUAAUAUAAAUGCAAAUAACAAAUGCCAAAUUAAAAAAAGAUAAACACGAGAUUGGUGUUUUUUUCUAUGGGUGUUAUCACCUGGCUGAAUGUUUUUCUAAAGGAGUUUAUGUUCCAUUAAACAAUUUUUAAAAUGUAUACUUGA